AUGCCCAAGGACGCAGCUCCCGAAGUCAUGCCCGAGCUGGGCGCCCAGCGACUCUUCUCGCUUGACGGCAAGAUCGCCCUCGUCACCGGUGGUGGUACCGGCAUUGGCAAGAUGAUCGCCGCCACCUACAUUCGCAACGGUGCCAAGGUCUACAUCGCCAGUCGAAAGCUCGCCGACCUCGAAAAGGUUGCGGCGCAGCUGAGCAAGCUCGCCCCGAGCGAUCCCGAGGGCAAGAAGAAGCUCUGCGUUGCGCUCCAGGCUGAUGUCGGCAGCAAGGCUGGAUGUGACGCUCUCGCUGAGCAGGUCAAGAAGGCCGAGUCCAGGUUGGAUAUCCUGGUCAACAACUCGGGUCUCACCUGGGGCGCUCCCAUGGUCGACUUCCCCGAGCAGAAGGGUUGGGACAAGGUGUUUGACUUGAACGUCAAGAGCCAGUUCUACCUCACUGUUGCGCUGCUGCCCAUCUUGGAGAAGGGAAAGAGCAACACGGACCACGGUACCGUGCUCAACAUUGCUUCCACCGCCGCCAUCGUUCCUCUCGCUGAGGGCGGUCUCUCUGCCCCCGGUAACGGCACCUACUCUUACCAACCAUCCAAGGCGGCUUCGCUGCACCUCACCAAGGUGCUCGCCAACUCGCUCGCCGAAAAGUUUAUCAUGGUCAACGCCAUUUGCCCCGGUGUCUUCCCUUCGCGCAUGACCGCCUAUGGUCUCGAGGAGAACCGCGAUCUGCUCGAGGGCAUCCAACCUACGGGCCGUGUCGGUACGCCAGAGGACAUCGGCGGUGUCGCCAUGUUCUUUGCCUCGCGCGCCGGCGCUCACUGCACCGGUACCGGUAUUGUUGUUGACGGUGGCCAGAGCAUCCAGUUCCAGCCUCGUCUGUGA